AUGGCCGACAUGUUCAAGCUGUCGGCGUCUCUGAGAGGGCACGAAGACGACGUAANNGUCCGCGCCGUCGUGUCUCCUUCGGCUCGCUAUAUCUUCUCGGCCUCGCGUGACGGCACCGUCCGACAGUGGCUCCUCACGUCGCCCAACCCGCCCACAUACGAUGACACGAUUGCCGUCCAAGCUACCUCGUUUGUCAACUCGCUGACCUUCGCCGCUCCCUCUUCCGCACACUCCGAGGGCCUGUUGGUUUCCGCUGGCAAGGACACUAUCAUCGAUGUCCGUCCUCCCUUCCAAAGUCCAGACUCAGACGCUGAAUGCCUGCUUAUUGGUCACGCCAACAACGUCUGCUCUCUCGACGCCUCUGCUGAUGGAGAUACCCUGGUCAGUGGCGGAUGGGACACGCAAGCAAAAGUUUGGAGCAUUUCCAAGGGCGAAUGCACUGCUGAGCUGAAGGGACACGAAGCUGCGGUCUGGGCCGUCAUGAUCUACGACAACAGUACCAUCAUUACAGGCUGCGCCGACAAGACUAUCCGCAUCUUUUCUCACGGAGGCAAGCUACUGCAGACAAUCCCUGGUCUGCCUGAUGUUGUCCGCGCCCUUUGCAAGCUGCCUGAUGGCCAUCCUUCCGGCGCCGCCUUCGCCUCCGCAGGAAACGACCAAAUCAUCAGACUCUGGACUCUUGAUGGUGUUGAAGUUGCGCAACUCCAUGGCCACACAUCCUUCAUCUACGCUCUUGCCGUCCUCUCCAACGGUGACUUGGUUAGUUCUGGCGAAGACAGAACUGUGAGAGUAUGGAAGGGCACCGAAUGCAUUCAGACCAUCACGCAUCCUGCAAUUUCGGUUUGGGCUGUGUCCGUGUGUCCUGAGACCAACGAUAUCGUUACUGGUGCUAGUGAUAAGAUUAUUCGAAUCUUCAGCAAAGACCCGAGCCGCCAUGCAGAUGCUGAGUCUUUGCGCGCAUUUGACGAGAGUGUCAGUUCGUCUUCGAUACCUCAGCAGACGGCUAGCGAGGGCCAGCAGAUCAACAAAGAACAACUUCCCGGCCCAGGUGCGUUUAGAACACAAAAGUCGGGCACCAAAGAAGGCCAAGUCCAGAUGAUCAGGGAAGAAGAUGGCAGUGUGACAGCUCAUACCUGGUCAUCUGCGGCUCAGCAAUGGAUUAACGUAAUUAUCCCCGACCGAACUCGUAACGAAACCAUGCUGACAUAUCUACAAAGGNUCGGAACUGUGGUCGACGCUGCUGCAAGUAGCGGUCGCAAGGUGACACAUGAAGGAAAAGACUACGACUUUGUCUUUGAUGUCGACAUUACGGAUGGCGCACCUCCUUUGAAGCUACCAUACAACAUCGGUCAGAACCCAUACGACGUGGCAAGCAAAUUCAUUGCCAACAAUGAGCUACCUAUGACCUAUCUUGACCAAGUCGCCAACUUCAUUACCACCAAUACCCAAGGAGCAACACUAGGCGCGUCUUCUCAGCAGCAGACCCAAACACCUGGAGCCGAUCCUUGGGGCAGCGAGAACCGCUAUCGUCCAGGCGAAGCUGGUGCCCCUGAGCCAUCAGCAGACACGCGCCCACGAUCUUUGCCCCAGACUCAAUACCUUUCAAUCACUACAGCUAACUUGUCUGCGAUUCGCAAGAAGGUUGGCGAACUCAACGAUACCAUGCCAGCCGAUCUCGCACUAUCACCAGAUGAACUGCAAGCCUUGGACAACCUGGUCAAACAACUUCAGACCAGCCCCAAGGAUCCCAAGCCUCAAGCAGAUCAACUUAGUGCAGUACUCAAAGUCGCUACUCAAUGGCCAUCUGCCAAUCGCUUGCCUGGCAUCGACCUCCUUAGAUUGUCCGCUAUGGCACCAAGUUUCGCAAUGCACACAUGUGGCGGAGAGGGCACUAUUGUGGAGACCCUCGCCAAGAGUGGUGUCUUUGACGCAAACACUGACAAGCCCAACAACACCAUGCUGGCUAUCCGUGUUCUUGCCAACCUCUUCAUGACCGAAGAAGGCAGACUGGUUGCUGAUGGCUGCUUUGAGGAUAUCAUCUCAUCUACUCAGCCAUUUUCGAGUACUUCCAACAAGAACCUGGCCACAGCAAUCGCGACGUUGUACAUCAAUUAUGCAGUGUUGCUGACAUCUAACGCUCCUUCAUCCGAGUCGAAGACCAGAGAGCAGCGUGCAGCAGCCGUCAUCAAUGGAGCAUUGAACAUUAUCAAGCCCGAUGGUGACAGCGAAGUCGUAUACAGGGCACUUGUCGCGGUCGGCACACUGAUGUCGCUGGGCAACGAGUUCAGAAAGGAGGUCACCCAAGCAAAGGAUAUGGGUAGUCUUCUGCAGAGCAUUGAGAAGAGUGCUUUGGGCAAGGAAACCAGAAUCAAAGCUGUCACCAACGAGAUGAAGGAUCAGUUGAGGUGA